GUGAUACUAUUGCAGGGGAAUGAUAAUUAGACCUUUACUUAAAAAAUCCAAAGGGGCUCUCUCCCUUUCUCUUCCCUCCCUUUUUGCUCCCUCCUCCCUCACUCGCUCCCUCCCUCUCUCUUUCUCUUUGGCUCAGAUGUUGGCAAAGGGGGUUUUCUUAAUCAGACUGUUUUUUGGUCCGAGGGAAAGGAGGAAGAAGGAGAUUGUGAUGGAGAAAGGGGGUCUGUAAAACGUCAGGCACCGCACAAAGGCUUUGCCACGUAAUUACAGGCUCCUAUUAAGUCGAGAUCUGCCCUCCCAGGGGUCUCCAAUUUUCUUGUAUUCCCUACAAAGCCUCCUCUGCAUGCCAGUUUGUGCCUUUUGAAGUGCCAGAGAGCUUCUUGAUCCAACUGAGAAGGAAAAAGGAGCUCAGCAAGAAGAGGGGGAGAGAGAGAAGGGAAAGGGGGGAAACCCACCACCACCCUCUUUCGGACUCUUGAAGCCCUUUUUUUUUUCUUCUUCUUCUUCUUCUUCUUACGAAAAGUAAAGUGAGAAUCCUGCUCUCCAAUACAUCUGCAAGACAUCACCCUCUCCUCCUGAAACUUUAGUCACUCCUGAGAAUCCACAGGAGUGCAGAGAGGGGGAACACGUUUUCUUGAAGAUGUUUUAAAGCUGGAACAAGCCUUCUUCUGUUGGUGCUUGAACUCUUGCCUGGGAAUAACUUUUUUAACCUUGAAAAAAAAAAAAAACACUUUGAUUCUUCUCUCCCACCCCUUCUUCUCUCUUCUUCUGUGUGUCUAACUCCCCCGCCCUGCUGGCCUCCCCUUUCCUUUCUCCCCCUUAUUAUUAUUUUUAGUGUGUGCGUGUGGACGCUUUUGGAUAGCUGGAAGGAAUUUUUUUCUCCUGACUUGAACAUAGGGUGACUUUUUAAUUUUAUUUUUUGGUGUGGAUUAUCUCCUUGGAUCGCGCCGGACUUGGCCUCAGGAAAGCAGCCGAGGCUGUCGAAGGCUGUUGGUGUAGAACGCUCUGCUCUGCAGAAGGGGGUCCCCCCCCUUUCCAAUUUUUUGUCCUUCCCCUCCUUCUCUCUCUCUCUCUCUCUCUCCCUCUCUCUCUCUCUCUCCCUCUCUCUCUCCACUCCCCCCUCUCUCUUCCCCACUCGGCUCCUCUCCCCCCUCGCGCCCACAGCGUUUGGUGUUGAUUCGAGCGGGAAGAGGGGGGUGGGUGGGAUCGGAGGGGGAGACCAUGACCUCCAGCUACGGGCACGUUCUGGAGCGGCAACCGGCGCUGGGCGGCCGCUUGGACAGCCCCGGCAACCUCGACACCCUGCAGGCGAAAAAGAACUUCUCCGUCAGUCACCUGCUAGACCUGGAGGAAGCCGGGGACAUGGUGGCGGCGCAGGCGGACGAGAGCGUGGGCGAGGCCGGCCGAAGCCUCCUGGAGUCGCCGGGACUCACCAGCGGCAGCGACACCCCCCAGCAAGACAAUGAUCAGCUGAACUCUGAGGAGAAGAAGAAGAGAAAGCAGCGGAGGAAUAGGACAACCUUCAACAGCAGCCAGCUGCAGGCUCUGGAGCGCGUCUUUGAGAGAACACACUACCCAGACGCCUUCGUGCGAGAGGACCUUGCCCGCCGGGUGAACCUCACCGAGGCCAGAGUGCAGGUGUGGUUUCAGAACCGAAGAGCCAAAUUCCGCAGGAAUGAGAGAGCCAUGCUGGCCAAUAAAAACGCUUCCCUCCUCAAAUCCUACUCAGGGGACGUGACUGCUGUGGAGCAGCCCAUCGUACCUCGUCCUGCUCCACGACCCACCGAUUAUCUCUCCUGGGGGACGGCCUCUCCGUACAGCGCCAUGGCUACUUAUUCUGCCACAUGUGCCAACAAUAGCCCUGCACAGGGCAUCAACAUGGCCAACAGCAUUGCCAACCUGAGACUGAAGGCCAAGGAAUAUAGUUUACAGAGGAACCAGGUGCCAACAGUCAACUGAGGAAAAAAAAAAAUUAAACAGGCCUAAGAAGAAAUCAAAAACCAUAAGACACCUAUCCUGCUCUGUCAUUUCUUCAUCUGCUGGAAAAAAAUAAAUAAAUAAAAACAAACAAACAAAAAACCUGAACUAAAAAUAUUGGGACCAUGGCAGAGAAAAGCAGGAGAGGAGCAAAAUGAAAAUUAGUUAACCAAUGUUUCUCCUCCCUCUGGGAUACCACCACCAGUUGUUUCUGUGUGUUAAUUUUGUUUUUUUCUUCUAUUCAUGCGCUUUGCUUUAAUGUACUCCAAGCUUCUUCAGUUAGGUUCAGCCCACCCACCCCCAUGAUCGUAUGGGUUUUAAAAAACCUACAGCAGCCAAAGAAACCAUAUAUAUAUAUAUAUAUAUAUAUAUAUAUAUAUAUAUAUUCAGAAUAAUUGUCUAAUGUCUCUCAGUGACCUGUUUGAACCUCAGUGCCUUGCCCGAUCCUUCUUCCCAAUUCUCCGUAUAGAAGCUCUAGGAACUUCUGAAAAGCCAAAGUCUUUCUGAAGAAUCUGUGCCAGACAUGAUUUCCUGUCUCACUGUCUCCAUGUCUGUUGGUCAUGGUAAGGUUUUUCCAUCAGCUACUGUUAAAAAAAGCAAUUGUGUACAACAUCUGGUGACUGGGUUGUCUAAUCCAAUGUGAUUGGCUGUGUCUGGCUAAUUCUAAGCUCUAAGCUGUAGAUCUAAGCUCUUCAUAUAAACUAUAGAUUUAAGCUCUAAGCUGUAGAUGAUAAUAUUACCAUCACCACCACCCCUCACCCCCAUCCAACCAAUCUGCCAUCUUAAGUUAAAGAUGUUUGUUGUUUUUGAAUGAUUUGCUGUCACGGGCUAUUUGACAGAGAAAUAUAUUUCACUUGAGAGAGGGAGAGAAAUUUCUUUAGGAAAACAAAGACUGAGUUGUGAAAGGCAUGGCCUACAUCUCUUUAGUGCCUUAAGGAUAGUCAGAUGCACACUUAUAUAUAUACUGUAUAUAUUUAUAUAUUUUAUAUAUAUAUAUAUAAAAUAUUCUUGCAAGCUUGAGUUUGCAGUUUCUCAAACACUACAAAAAGCAAAUUUCACAGCAUCACCACUGCCCUUAAUCUCUAGUGAUGAGAUGUUUUUAGGGAUUUUGUUUCCUUUCUUUCUCAACACAAAAUUCUCAUUAAGGCCACAGAGCAAUUAAUAGGACAUCUAUUUGAGAACAGGUCUCAUUUUCACAUUUGGACUUUAAAUAAAUUGGAACCUAUUUGAGGCUGUAAAAAUGUUCUUGAGUUUGGAGACUGAGCUCUGGUGGAAUGGGAAUAUAUCGUGACACAUUAUAGGAAUUACACUUAGAGGAGGGAAAACCAUGUCGUCAUCUGCCCCUCCUCCACUUAACAGAAAUCUGAAAGACACGUGUUUAAAGGGAAUACUUAAAGUCUUGUCUAAAUUCCAAAAAUUUAAAAGGCAACUGUGGGCUAUUCUAAUAUUUUGAAAUAAAGUUUAGUACCUAGGGCUGUGAGCCAGGACUGACCUGUCUUUGUUUCUUUCUUUUUGUCUCCAGCUGUGCUUUUGUAACUUGUCAGGUGGACUAGACCAAACCACACCACCAUGCUGUGCCUCAGUUUACCUUUUUGUAAAAUGGGUUUAACAAUACUUACCUACCUCACAGGGGUGUUGUGAGGCUCUAUUCAUUUGCUCCUUCAUUCUUUACCUGUAUUCUCUGUUUGUGCAGCACUUUGUAGCCAUGGGAGGAAAGGGACUAUAAAAGAAUACAACAUUAAUGGAAGGAUACGUUACCUGGAGGCCUUGUUUUCUAGCAAGGAAAUGUUACCUUGCUGUAAAUACUUAUAGCCUUGUAUUUGGAAAUGAGAAAUAGGUUUAUAUUAACAGACUUCUCAAAAAUCACAUCACUUGACCAAAGAAUAAUUUAAGAUACACAGAACAGACUAUUUUUGACAUAUUUUUAUCCUGUCCAGGUUGGUUCUAAGAACUUAAUUAUCAGUAAUUAAAAAGCUUUAGAUUGAUUUUGGCCAAAUAUGCCAACUCUGAGUGACAGGCAAGGACUGUUGAGUUUAAGAUGCACUUUCAGCACACCUGUGUUCCCCCCCCUUGGCCUAUCAAGUUGAGCUAACGGUGGUAUUUUUUCAGCCAAACAGCCACCAUUCUGAAAAUAUAUUUUAAAUGUUGAAUCUGUACUUCUUUUAAUAACAAGAAGAAAGCCCAUCUUAUGCAUUUUGCUUUCAUCCACUGAUUCUCUCUUCUUUUAACAUACUAUUAAAAUAUUUCUUACCAAUGUUUUAUGUAGGCUGGCUGAACACCACAUAUUACUUGCUUCCUAAGGAGUCCUUUGACUAAUUCUUUUGUCCUACUAGCUGCUGUGGAUUAUCCAGAUUCAAAGGAACAGUGUAGUCUAACAGAUUAAAAUGUUCUUCAUAAAAUGAGUGCAAUCUAAGGAAUUGGUGAACUUUUGGAGUUUGGACUUCCAGGAAUAGCUAAAAGUGAGUUUGGGUUAUGGUACAGGGAACAGAAAUCAUACAUGACAAGAUGUUGCUAGGAAGGAGGAAUUUUCAAAGAUGGAGGAAAGGGAUAGAAGGUCAUAUAAAACAAAAUCAUUUGAAGCUUUCAUCCUGACAUCCGUUUUCAGUAGUGAACAGAAAAGACUGAACCCAAAACCUAAGCACUACAUGAAACUGGGCAAUUUUGCCACAGAUGCAUGGGAAGCAAUGUCUGGGAAAAUCAGAGAGUAGCCAGCGCUGGUCAGCCAUAGGAAUUUUCAUUGCUAAACAACACUACAAACAUUUAUUAUCUAAGCACCUGAUCAAAUAUACACAUGAGACAAGCACUCAGUAUUGUUCAUUUAUUAUUGAUUUUUUUAAAGUAGAAGUUUGAUAUAUGAUUUAGAGGAAUAGACUUUUGGCUUCUAUGCCAAGUCUCAACAGAGGGCCUCAGGCCAACAAAGUUCCAAGGCAUAUCCCCUAUUCCUCACCUUCAUUAUACCCAGAUGCAGAUGAAUACAUGCAAACUGUCUGUCACCCCAAUCCCUCCCCAAAUAAGAUGCUGAUUUGUAGGAUACUUGCAGGUUAAGUCAAACCAGAAGAGGUAAUUGAAUAAAAAAGGGAAUGACACUUAGGGUAUAAAGAUCUCAUAAGAAAUGUAAUAUGUAAAUUAUAUCUUGCUUUAUGAUGUAAAAUAUACAUUGUUUGCGUUAGAAUAGAAAUGAUUCCUUUUCAAUAAAAAGAAGGAUACUACUAUGCGGUCUUUUGUUAUACA